AUGGCCGUCCAGAAAGCUCUUGUCUCCGAGACUGCCAAAGCCCCCUGGAGGGUCGUCGAGAACGUCGACAUUGCUUCUGUUGGGCCGACGGAUGUCCUUGUCAAGGUCUCCUUUGCUGGUCUCAACCCCUCGGAUUGGCUCUCCCAGUCAUACGCACCACCUUUCCUCGUCUAUCCUUUCACGGGCGGGCUCGAGGGCUCGGGCAUAGUUGUGGAUGUCGGCGUGGACGUCAAGCAUGUCAAGAAGGGUGACCGAGUAUUCUUCCCUGGUGGCUUCGAGGGCGCAAGGCCGACAUUCAAAGAGUACUGCGUAUGCCCCGGAGCCUUCACUCUUGAGCAGGGUGCCACGAUCCCGGUCGGGAUCGCGACUGUCGUCUCUGGUAUCUGGGGAACGGCUCCGAGGGGCGUCGGACUUACUGCGCUGUGGGAAGAGGGAGGAAGAACCAAGUACGCCGGUCAGCCCGCUCUCGUCAUAGGUGGCGCCUCUUGCGUCGGCCAGUACGCCAUACAGAUGGCCCGUCUGAACGGGUUCUCCACGAUCAUCACAACUGCCUCGCUCAAGCAUGAAUCGUGGUUGAAGUCCCUCGGCGCUACGCACGUCCUAGACCGCAACCUCCCCAGCGAAGAACUCGCCAUCGUGGUCAAGAAGAUCACGAACGGCGCGUUGGUUCCGUACGCGUACGACGCCAUCUCUACCAAGGAAACCCUCCAUCUCGCGUACGAUCUGGUUGCCGACGACGGCGCGCUCGUCAUCGUCGAGCCUUUCUCUAAGGAACUGGAUGAGAAGAUCAAACUCAACGACCGGAAACGCAUUGGGCGGCCGUAUGCGACGCUCACGGUGCCCGAGAGCAUCGAGCUCGGCCUCGAGCUGUGGAAGCAUCUUGGUAGCUGGCUGAAGGAAGGCCUCAUCAUCCCUAACAGGGUGGACUUGGUCGCGGACAGCCUUCAGGAGAUCCCGGCCGCGCUCGAGAAGAUGAAGAACGGCGCUGUCAGUGGUACGAAGUGGGUGGCACGUGUGUUGUAA